AUGGCCAAACUGGACCUCAACCGCCUGAUUCUCUACGCUCUCCGAGCUGCGCAGCUCGUGUUCUCCGUCAUCAUCCUCGCAGACAUAAGUUAUCAAGUCCAAGUGCUCCAGCGCGCAGGCAGCACAUCCUUCCCCGCCGGCUAUGUCGUCACGAUGGUUGCCUGCUGUCUCUCUCUUCUCACAAUCGGAAUCUGUCUCGUCCUGACUACGGCGGGCACUAGCAUGUGGAAGAUGUUUAUCUGGGACAUAAUCCUUGCCAUUCUGUUUGCUGUUGCCUUUGUCGUCACUCUCGAAGAGAUCAAGGACUCCAUCGAUUACUGCACAUGGGACCAGUUGAAUCCCUUUACCGCAAAUGACUGUCCGCGUCUGCGGGCAGCCAUGAUAUUUUCCCUCGUCCUCGCUGGUCUAUGGGCGCUCAACGCAGCAUACCGAAUCAUGGUACGGCAAAAAGCUCCCGCACCUCUUCCCCCAAAGGACGUCUAA